GUUGGCUGCGCAACUUUAUUGCAGCGAUGAUCAUUCUGAAAACAGCGGGAAGAUUCGAAUCGUUCUGGCGCGAGGGAGGUUGAAGAAAACAACAGACAGAACAUUAGCCAUCUCGGAAACAAAGGCAACUACGAAUUGAUAACUUUAUCAAUAUGAGUCAUUGUGAGCUUGAGGAUAUAACCAUGCACUUGAAUGACAGGAUUUCAUCCACAAGACGGGUCUUGGAGCUGCGGACAAUUGCAAAAGAUCAAGACAAGCGGAUCAUUCUAGGGAAGAUAGGACAAGAUGUCCUUGCAAUAGAUGGACUCCUUGACCAGUUUGAGAAAUGUGUUGGCCGCCAAAAAGAUCUACUGAAGCAUUUAAAGGAACUAGAGGGGUUCUUCCAGGAGGAUGUGCAGGAUGGAAAGCACCUUAGGGACAACAUGCCCACACACAUGCCCAGGAAGGGACAGCCAGCAGUCCAAUAUCCCAGUGGAAGAGGGCCUGUGGGUCAGAGUGGACCUGUGGAUGUGCAGCCAGUCCAGCAGGAGCACCCCAGGAAAACCUCCAAGAACCAGAUCAGAGAGAUGGAAUUCAUCACCAGCCCAGAGUUUGAUACCAUUCCUCAGUACAUGAAAGGCCGUUUGACAUAUGACCAGCUAAACACUGCUGUGGAAAGCAUUAACACAGCCGUAACAGGGAAGUACAAGAUCUUGCACCAGCCAGCAAAAACCCUGAAUAAUGCCACACGCAAGCUUCAUCAACGAUUUAAGGAGGAAGAGAACAAGGACACUAAAGGUCUGUUUUUCAUUGUAGAGGCGGACAUUAAAGAGUUCACUCAGAUGAAGGUGGACAAGCGCUUCCAGGGCAUCCUUAACAUGCUGCGUCACUGCCAGCGUCUGCGAGAACAGCGAGGGGGAGGUAUCACACGCUACGUCCUGCUGUGAAAGGAGCAGAGAUGGAGAAAGGGGGGUUGUCAUUGAUCUUAAGACAUUGAGUUGUCCUCGGUCUCCAGCAUGAUCUAUCAUAUUGACUGAGGGAGGGGUGAAAAUAAACAAAUCAUUCUGUGGAGAAUAGUUGUCAAAACGUGUAUGUGCCUGGUGAAUAACUAUUUUUUGGGGUGGGCGGGGGUUAGUAUUUGAAUGUAGUUUCGUUCAUACAUCUUUUUUUAUUCAAAUGUUGUUGUAUUUGCUCAUUUUAAUUGUAUCAUCCACAUGAAGAUCAAUGUGACUUUGUCCAUAACAACAAUGUUUAAUAUUGGUAGAAAGGCAAUAAAUAUUUUUGUAAAUAAUAA